ACUCCAUCACCAGUCAAUCCAAUCCGUCAGCCAAAAGCAGUGGAGGCGGAUAACGCGGCGCGGAUGCGACGCGGCACUUUUCGCAUUAUUCUCUGGGGACGUUCUGAAAAAGUGUACUUGUGUCGUGCAGUGUUCGGUAGCUAUCGCACCAACAGCUGCACUUCAAAACGUCGAGGUGGUGACUCGCCUUAUUUUGAUACUUCAGAUAUACCUGCGGACGUCACCCAAGCUUCACUGAACGAUGGGCGACCGUGCGAUUGUGGUGAAGUACUUCCGAAUUGCAGGUGUUGUUAGUGCAUAUUGGCUAAUUUCAAUAUCCCUUGUUUUCAUCAACAAUACCUUGCUGUCGGACAAAGAGAGGAAGCUUGAUGCCCCGCUGUUCAUCACGUUCUUUCAGUGUUUUGUGUCUUAUGUGCUGUGCGUGAUACUGAGCUUCCUCAGCGAGAAACUUCCCAGUGUGUUCCAUUUCCCGAAGAUUAAUCACGACUUCAAUACACUAAAAGAGCUGAUGCCGCUUUCUGCCUUUUUUGUUGCCAUGGUGACAUUCAACAACCUCUGCCUGAAGCAUGUUGGCGUCGCCUUUUACACCGUCAGCCGAUCACUGACGACUGUUUUCAACGUGAUAUUCACCUACGUCGUGCUGCGCCAGGCCACAUCAGUGCCUGCCGUUGCGUGCUGCGGCAUAAUUGUGGCGGGCUUUCUUCUGGGAGUGAACCAGGAAGGUCAUAUGGGAUCUUUGUCGGUGUUUGGUGUGACUUGUGGUGUGCUCGCCAGUGCAACCUUGUCGAUGUACAGUAUCUACACAAAGAAGGUGCUGCCGGUGGUUGGAGACAGUGUGUCGUUGCUCACAUUCUAUAACAACGUUAACGCUCUGGUGCUCUUCUUUCCCCUAGUCAUACUUUUUGGGGAGGUGCCUGUCAUCUAUAAUUUUCCAUUUUUGUCGGACCCCGUCUUCUGGAGUCUUAUGUUUGUCAGUGGAGUCUUUGGGUUUCUGAUUGGCUAUGUAACGAUGCUGCAAAUUCAGGUUACAUCACCACUUACCCACAAUGUUAGUGGUACAGCGAAAGCUUGCACACAGACUGUGCUUGCAGUAAUCUGGUUUUCUGAAGUGAAGUCCGCCUUGUGGUGGGUUAGCAAUGGGUUGGUACUUCUAGGUUCGGCGGCAUACACACGUGUGCGUCAACUUGAAAUGCUGAAACACCACAUGCACACAACUAAGUCCGAGACCAAAGGCAAGGACUCUGUCGUCCAAGUUUGAAGCUAGCUGCCGUAGUGUUGAUAGAUUCUAUAAGUGACGAUUGUACCACGGAUGAAAUUGCGUAGUUCUGAUGCAGUGAUGGUCUAUCGUGCAAUUUAGUGUUUUGGCCUAACCAAGAUAAUGCUUGGAAAUGUAUGAACUUAUGGUGUAGUAGAGUAGUGGGAAUGAAAACUUUGUAUUCAUGCAAGAUGAUGUCCAGAUUUGUGUAAGUCUUGUCUGUGUAAUUUUUUCACUUUCUGUACUCAUUUGUGAAAUUUGCCAUCCUGUUGAAGCAACGUGCAUAAAAGCGUACGAUUUAAAAUUGUCUUUACAUUACUGGAUUUUGUACAUUUAAGCACACAACCUCUGGUAUAUUUGGGAUCUCUUUUGUGUGAUGCUUAAGACAGUUUGUGUUGUCCGGUGCACAAUCUAGAGCAAAUCCUGUAGGAAUAUUGCCAUGUGAUAAACUGAGUGCUGCACCUUACAUGCAUACAUUGCUUUUGCAGGACCAAAUUGGCUUCUCCAUUUGCCUAAAUAUUGUUCGAGUAAUAUCAACUGACCUGAAGCGCUAAACUCAUAUAAAUCACUUUAUUUUCACAAGUUAUCACUUGGUAAUAAACAUUGAGUGGGGGCAGUCAUGUUGACAGGAUAAACUUGUAAAUCCAUAUAUAUGUCAGCAGCAGGCAAGUAUUUUUAUGUGGACUGGUGGACUGGUGGAAUGUGCCCUUCAUAAACUUGGUUAGCCUUACUUCUCUGAUGCCGUUAAAAAAUUCCUAGAACCGUUCGUGAAGCUAUCAGGAGGCUCAAAUUUUUUGCAACAAUGCUAUGGCUGGGCAGAGUAAAUUAAGGUGCUGCUUUUUACUGUGACUUCCAACACGGCAGCCAUAAUCAUUUAAAAUGAACUGUUAUUUCAGACUAGUGUCGGUUUCAAUAACUUAGCUUCCUUUGUUUUUGGAUGCUCAUAGACAAGUAUUUCCAAUAAUUAUCCACUAAACAUCAUUAGGCACCUUCUGUUCAUUUUUUAUCAUAAUAAGUGUAAAUGAAAAAUGAGCACACAAUAUGGUUGACAAAUAUGCAGAGAAAAAAAUUAGCUAGGGCAUAUGUUGUAUGAUGAAUUGUGAAGAAAUAAGAAUGCUAUCUGUUAGCUGAUAUAUAACACCUGCUCAUGCUCAUUGCCCAUUGGAACAUCAUGCAUGCUUAUAAGGUACAAAGGACCCAUUGCCAUUACAAGGCUGUAAACAAAGCAUCGGCAUUUUUUUUUUUUUUUCAGAAUGUGUGAUUGCUUUUCUUGUGAGAUGAGAAAGGAAGCUUUCUGUGUUUUCAACUCCAGUUUGCUUCUGUGCAAGUAUUUGGACAGUAGCUUGCUGCUAUAUAUAAUUCACUCUCUUGCAAUGUUGCCUCAUCUAGUCAAAUAUACUGAGAACAGUUUGCACCCAUGUAAGUGAAACAAUUAAAAGUCUACAUCUUGC